AUGCCGGUAUUACUACGAAAGUUGUUUGCCCAUGAGUAUGUAGAGUGGCAUAGAAGCUAUGGUAUCGCUAAUAUUGUAAGUGAUUUGUUUUAUGCUCACCCUACAAGUAUUAAGCUACUGCACGCAUUUCCUCAUAUUUUGAUCAUGGAUUGCACAUAUAAGACAAACAGGUUUCGCUAUCCACUUUUGAAGAUUGUGGGGGUGACGUCUACACAUCUUACAUUCUCAAUUGCAUUUGUUUAUCUUAGUGCUGAGAAAGAAGACAACUACAGAUGGGCAUUGGCUAGAUUAAGGAGUGUUAUGGGUGAUAAUUCGAUUCCUAGUGUUAUUGUCACAGAUAGAGAGUUAGCUCUCAUGAAUGCACUCCAUGAAGUCUUUCCAGGUGUUCGACAUUUAUUAUGUACAUGGCAUAUUAAUAAGGGAGUCUUAGGAAAGUUCAAAAAUGUAUUUGAAGACAAAGCUAGUCCAGACAAAUUUUUAAUUUCAUGGAAUAUGCUUGUUUCAUCAAAUACAGAAGCCGAGUAUGAAAGACAUCUACUGGCCUUGCAGACCAACUUCAAAGAUCACAAUUCUAUCAUCAACUAUGUGAAGGAGACAUGGUUGAUUCUUUAUAAAGAAAGAUUUGUUGCUGCUUGGACGAACACAUGUAUGCAUUUUGGGAAUACAACAUCAAAUAGGGCGGAGACUGCACAUGCAAAGCUGAAGAAACAACUUGGUAAUAGCAUGUGUACAUUUGGAACAUCAUGGGAUAAAAUUCAUCCUUUAAUAGAAUUGCAACACAAUAAGAUAAAAGCAUCAUUUGAGAAGAGUCUGUCAUUUGUGCAACAUGACUGCAGGAAAGAAGACUUCAAGGAGUUGAUUGGUUUUGUAUCUAUUUCUGCAUUGGAUAAUAUUAUGGUUGAGCUAAAGCGGUUAGAUUAUAUUGGGGUUGAUUCGAUAUCAUGUGGUUGCAUAAUAAAACACACACACGGAUUACCAUGUGCACAUGAGAUGCAAGAGUUCAAACAGACUCAUAGGCCCAUUCCACUUGAUUGUAUUCAUCCUCGUUGGAGGAAGUUAUAUUUUUUGGAGCCCCGACCUAUUGCUACAUCGAAUAAUCCUCCAGAAAAUGCACAGUUAGAAUUAUUUGUGAAGUGGUUUCAAAGUUGUAGUUCUGAGACAAAGAGACAUUUUAGUAUGAAGUUACAAGAGAUUAUGAAUCCCGCAUCUACCACGCUUACACAACCCCAGCUGAAAAUUAAAACAAAAGGUCGUCCAAAAGUUGACACAUCUACUCAACGUUUGCCUUCUGCUUUUGAGGUUGUCUUAUUUGGUCAAGAUAGUGCACACUCGACUGACAAAGUUGUUACAAGACCGCCACGUAAGAAGCCAAAGACCAUACCCCAAAAGCGAUCAGUCUAUAGGCCUAAACCCAUUGUAGAUGACUCUUGCUUAACACCAGAGUUUAACAAGUGGUUUCCUAAACAUAUGUUGAUACAUAUUAGAGGGGCACAAGAUGUUAAGAGUGAUGGUAAUUGUGGUUUUAGAGCCAUUGGAUCAUUGAUGGCGCAAAUGCAUCAGUCACUUACAUUUUUUCCAUAUGAGACUGCUCCAUUGGAUUCUAUCUAUCGCCGUGAGAUUUCGAUUGGAUUUGUUAACCACAACCACUGGAUUAAGGUUUAUUUGGAAGGUCAACACCCUAUGCCACCAGUUGAUGAGCGUUGGUUGAGAUGUGCAACCAUAACUGCAUCAGAUUGGCUUACGCCAUAUCAGAAUCGUAUACGUCAAUUUAGAUAUGAAGCUGGUAUAACAGACCCUUAUGAUAAUGACCCUAUAUUUAUUGAGUAG